AUGUUUUCAGGCAUUGAGAGUAUCAUUCAAAACACUGAUCUGAUAUUAAGGAUAAUUCAAAGCUUUGAUGGUGUUGAUAUUCUAAAAUCUAACACUGUCCCUCUUUUGUACAUUCUCUCCUUAUGUCUUCAUUGUCAGGUCAUCAUAAUUGUCUUCCUCACUGGAUCACUUUCUCUUGUCACUGUUGUUGGCAACAUCCUAGUGUUGGUGUCCUUCAAGAUCAAUAAGGCCCUGAAGACAGUGAACAACUACUACCUGCUUAGCCUAGCAUUUGCUGACCUUACCAUUGGCACGCUGUCAAUGAACCUAUACACCACCUACAUCAUCAUGGACCAAUGGGCUCUGGGACCAGUGGUCUGUGACUUAUGGCUUGCAAUAGACUAUGUGGCCAGUAACGCUUCGGUCAUGAACUUGCUGGUCAUCAGCUUUGACAGGUAUUUCUCUGUUACCAGACCUUUGACAUACCGGGCCAAGCGUACAACAAAGCGAGCUAUGACCAUGAUUGGAUUAGCUUGGUCAAUCUCUUUCAUUCUUUGGGCCCCAGCCAUCCUUUUCUGGCAGUACAUCGUGGGUGAGAGGACAGUCCAGCCCAAUGAGUGCUACAUCCAGUUCCUGUCCGAGCCCAUCAUUACAUUCUCCACUGCUGUUGCUGCAUUCUACUUGCCUGUGACUAUCAUGUCAUUCCUGUUUUGGAAGAUCUAUCAGGAGACAGAGAAGCGUGUUAAAGACAUGCAAGGUCUCAAGGCCUCUGGGUCAGGCGACAGCCAAAGCCAGUCUCAGAAGCAAGGCAGUGGUAAAGGAAGAGCAAGUGGAGAAAUUGCGACUAACAGCCAGAAGGAUUCUUCAGCCAUAAGCUCUCAAAGCUGCAGCAGCUGCGAACUAAAUCAGCUGGCUUCAGACAAGAACAGCAAGAAAAAUGCCGGCAUACCUGGAGGAACGGGAAGCAAGGCGAGGUGUGGGGCAUCCUGCUUUCAGUUUUCAUUACUUCUGUCAGAUCGCAAUGCAUCAAAGAGGUCCGUCAACAGCACAACAACUAUUGUUGGUGAAACAGAGCAGAGCAGCUGUGACAGCCUUAACAACAAUCAAGCUGGAGAGCAGUCAGGUUCAGAGGACGAAAGUGACGGAGCAGACCCAACAAAGGCGCCAACAGAUGCAAAGAAAUCUGGAAGGGUGAAAAACAAUAAAGAUAAACACUCGUCCAACAAAAGUGGAAAAGGGUCACAAUCAAACCCGGUCAACUCAUCAACCGCCGACCAAUCUACUGCAGCCAUCACCAUCAAAGAUGCGACUAUGGCUAAACGCUUCGCUUCUAAGGCCAAGACAGAGGUCAACAAGCGCAAGAAUGAAAAAAAGGCCAACGAGAAGAAAGCGGCUCGGACACUCAGUGCCAUCCUCUUCGUCUUCAUCACAACAUGGCUACCAUAUAAUAUCAUGGUGUUGGUCAACACUUUCUGCCAGGACUGCAUUCCAGAGACGCUUUGGGCGCUGGGUUACUGGCUGUGUUACGUUAACAGCACGAUAAACCCCAUCUGCUAUGCCCUUUGCAACAAGACCUUCCGAACAACUUUCCGAGAUAUUCUAAUGUGCCAGUGGAAUCAAAAGAAAAACCAGCCUAACUUUCCUCAGAGGAAGGCUGUGGCUUUUAAGAAAAAAGACCCAAUUUAGAAUACAUUAGCACAUGUUUGACAGCUCUUUGUUUCAAAGUUGUCUUUACUGAAACAUAUUCUUAUUUGGAAUGCAGCAUACAGGCCUAAAACAUGCUUAUAAGAAUUUUGCUAAGCAAAACUUAUUCUAUAGGACGUUUUGCAAAGCAAGCUGUGGCGCUUUCUUGCAGCAAGUAUUUAUGGCCCCAGAAAUUUCUAAUAACACAAAAAACACUAUUUAAAAACAAUGGUGCAUUGUUAUACUAUUUUCGGGGGAUAUUCAUGGUUCCCAGAGGAGGGAUCAAUUAAUGAGCCAGUGUUAAUGAGCCCAUGAACUUUUCAGGCUCUCAAUAUUGAAUGGAAAGAUUAAAAUAUAAUUUACAAAGUAGAUUCCUUCCACGUGUCAACGGAACAGCUUAAGAUGAUCAGUUUUGGUUUUCAUUUUAAAGAUAUGAGGUAGGGCAUUUAUGGUUCUGCAUUCACUAAAGGUAUUCAGUUGCCAGUUUAUUUGGUGCAAAUAACUAAUUUAUUGUAUUCAUAUUUAUGGUAAUCUUUGUAGGCUGUAGUUUGUGAUUGUUACUUUGAGAAGUGUUGUGUAAUAUUUAGCUAUUUUGCAUUUAGACUUCAUUACUUUUAGCUAGGUUUACCUAACAUACUGGCACGAAUACCCACUAUGUAUGACCAACAUCAUUUAGUUCAGAAUUCUAAACCAACGCUUGCUUGAACAAGGCCGCUCUACUACUCGGCUACAAAUAAAGACCAGAAUGCUUCCGAUGCCCAAAUCUUGUCCCCUUGCUUGCAGCAUUUGUUAAGAUUAUUCUUGCGGUACACUGUUUAGGGGGCUGUAGUUUACUUACUGAAAUCAAUAGUAGAAAAUUGUUUUUUAAAUAUGGAAAACACAGACAGGGUUUUAGUUGCUUUCAAUGAUAACUUCUAAAGAAAACACAAGGGUCUUUUGGAAGAAUGCUUGAAUGUAUUAAAUACUCAAAACACUUAGUUACUUAGUCUACAUAAGAGAUAUUAAGAAUUCCACAUCACAAUGACCAGUUUUGAAUAGACUCUUAAUGUAUGAACAAGAUGUAUUUUGAGUAUGCUCUGUUCAGGGUGAGUAAAUUGUUUUUGUAAAGCAGUCUUAAUUUGACCCUGUUUCCUACAGUAUUAUGUUCCUAUACAAUUAAAGUGUAUUCUUCCUUUUCACAGGAAUUUGAGGAUUCUGGUGUAUGAGUGUCAAAUAUAUGUGUGUUAUAUUAUUUAGAUUUAUUUACUUUUGGUUUCACACAGGACACAAAAAGCAGUAUCCUAGUUUUAAAUUGUCUUGAGUAAAACAAAUAUCCCUCAUCGUUCUAUUACCGCUACUUAUUGUUAUUAUUUUUGUAUGUAUAGAUAUAUUUAUAUGCAAUAAUAUAUGUGUACAUAUAUACAUAUAUAUAGUGUAUUCUUCAGUCAUUGCAAGAAAUCAACAUUCAAAUCGCAGUAUCCACUUUACAUUUGCCAAAUAUUCCCAUGCUGUUGUGAAUAUAUUCAUGGGUUUGGAAACAAAGAGUGAAUACUUUGCACUUGUGUGUUCAUCCCUGUGUUAAAGGUGCCCUGUGGAGUUUGCAUGGAGAAGUGUUUUUACGAGUGGGUUCCGGUUUUGUUUACAUACCUGCAUGCGCGCAAAAACAUGGUAUUUCAUAUACUGCAACAUGCCAACUGAGUCAGGGAAUAAGAAGACUGUAAGCUAAUUAGUAAUAACAGUCAAAACUUGUAAGGAACAAUUGCUUUGGAAAUUGGCUUUACAAAUGUUUAGUGAAGGAGGGAAUACAACGGGCAUGUGUGCUACUGCUCAGAGAUGUGUGUGGGUGAGAAUGUUUGUUUAUAAGAAAACCCCUCGGGCACUUUUAAUUAAUGUGUGCAACUUAACUGUUCACAUGAACACACACAUACACACACAUGUAUAGUGGCAAUAAAAAUAAAUAAAUAAUA